AUGGACGACAAGGAGGUCGAGGACGACGACGCGCUGCACGAUCCGAGCACGCUCGGCACGGAGAGGAACAGCUUCAGCCCCGCGCGGGGGAUCGCCAACAUCGGCAUCCUCGUCAUCCUCGUCCUCGCCCUCAUGGCGCUGUUCAUCGCCUAUCCGGUCAUCACCUACGUCCGGCGGAACGCGCGCAAUCUGGCGAUCGACAACAACAUCCACAUCAACAGCACCGGCCAGUCGGCGGUUCUGUUCAACAUGCCCGAGAUCAUCGACCCCGACACGCCGAAAGACGCCAGGACACGGACAGGCUUCGACGGCAAGGACUACGAGCUCGUCUUCUCCGACGAGUUCAACGUCGACGGCCGGAGCUUCUAUCCGGGCGACGAUCCGUACUGGGAAGCCGUCGACCUCUGGUACUGGGCGACGAACGAUCUGGAGUGGUACGACCCGAAGCAGAUCACGACCGCGAACGGCAACCUCGUGAUCACGAUGGACUCGGUCGACGACCCGACGACGAACCACGGGAUGCAGUACCGGAGCGGCAUGCUCCAGAGCUGGAACAAGUUUUGCUUCACGACGGGCUACAUCGAGGUCGCGAUGACGUUCCCCGGACCGAAUUCCGCGACACAGGGUUACUGGCCUGGUGUUUGGACGAUGGGCAAUCUCGGACGACCAGGAUAUGGGGCGACGACGGAUGGAAUGUGGCCGUACUCAUACGACUCGUGCGACGUCGGCACCUUCCCCAAUCAAACGGAGAAGGACCAGUCUGGACCGGCGGCAGCCAUCCACUCGGACGAGUCCAAGGACAAGUACGACGGGAAACUGUCGAUCCUCAGCGGUCAGCGCGUUUCUUCGUGCACGUGCUCGGGCGAGGAACAUCCCGGUCCCUCCGUGUCCAAGGGCCGUGGCGCGCCCGAGAUCGACGUCCUCGAGGCGGAGAAGGACAAGGCCGGAGACGGCCAGGUGGUCUCGCAGUCUGCCCAGUUCGCGCCGUUCACGCACGAUUACCUGUACAACAACGACACGGACGAUGAUUGGUACGUGUACGACACCAGCAUCUCCAGGCCGAACUCGUACAGGGGAUCGGCGGUGCAACAGGCUGUGUCGGGGUUGACGCGCGUGCCGGAGGACAUGUUCCAGGGAUCUGGGCAGAACAUGACGGUGUUCGGGUUCGAGUAUUGGGCGGACCCGAAUAACCGCGACGACGGCUUCAUCACCUGGGUGUCUGAUGGAAAGCCCAGCGUGCGCAUGGGCCCUGGCGCUGUUGGCCCUGAUACGGGCACGAACGGCAGCCAGGUCUCGCAACGGUUGAUCCCGGAGGAGCCCAUGUCGAUCGUCUUGAACUUGGGCAUUUCCACUAACUGGCAAAAGAUCCUCACCGGGACGAUGCAGUUCCCGGCGCAGAUGCUCAUCGACUACGUCAGGGUAUACCAACGGAAAGGUAGCACCAACGUCGGCUGUGACCCGAAGGACUACCCGACGGCGGACUACAUCGCAGCGCACCCUGAAGCCUACAACAACGCCAACCUCACCGGAUGGACGACAACGAAUGUACCAGGCUCCUCAGCAGCGGGCUACUCGUGGCCGAAAAACAGCCUUGUGCGUAUACUGAAGCAACAUUCGGUGGUAGUAACGCUGCUGACUUUCGUUUACAGUACGAUGGCUGUUGAUCGUCCGACCUAUCUAUCCGUCCUCGCUGUGGCUGGCGUCUUAGAGCAUAGGCUCCCGUCGCCCUUACUCUCGUUAUCGAAAGCAAAACCACUGUAUCACUCACCCUUUCCUAAUGUGCCGCGCGCCAUCCAACGGACCUUGUAG